GCGGUUGCCAUGGUUCGCGGUUCCUGUCAGACCGAUUGACGUCACAGACGGCUGCUGAUUGGCUUCGCGCUGUUUCCGGUGAGGGCAGAGGAAGAGACGGAGCUGGGCCUGAGGCAGAGGGGAGAGACUGGGGGGACACAGCCGAGAUACCGGGGACACAAAACAGACACAGCCUGGUAUUGGGACUGCAGAUAGAGCAAUGGCUUCUGGCAGCACCAGCAGUGAGGAGGACCGCAGCCUCCGGGAGUGUGAACAGUAUGUGCAGAAACACAAUAUACAGCAGCUUCUCAAGGACUGCAUUGUGCAGCUGUGCACUGUCCGGCCCGCCUGCCCCAUGGCUUUCCUUAGGGAGCACUUUGAAAGGCUUGAGAAGGAGGAAGCACGUCAGAUUUUAAACCAACAGAAAUCUGGCUCCCGUUCCGAUUCUCGUGAGGAUGAGAUUUCCCCUCCCCCACACAUGAAUUCUGUGGUUAAAGGCAGGAGACGUCGGGGUGCAAUCAGCGCUGAGGUGUAUACAGAGGAGGAUGCUGCGUCGUAUGUCCGCAAGGUUAUCCCUAAAGAUUACAAGACUAUGGCGGCUUUGGCUAAAGCCAUUGAAAAGAACGUUCUGUUUGCCCAUCUGGAUGAUACUGAAAGAAGUGAUAUCUUUGAUGCAAUGUUUUCAGUUACAUACAUCUCAGGAGAGACUGUCAUACAGCAAGGUGAUGAAGGAGAUAACUUCUAUGUUGUUGACCAGGGUGAAAUGGAUGUGUAUGUGAACAAUGAAUGGAUGACCAGCAUUGGCGAGGGAGGAAGCUUUGGGGAGCUGGCUCUGAUAUACGGGACUCCUAGAGCUGCAACCGUGAAGGCCAAAACGAAUGUGAAGCUGUGGGGCAUAGACCGUGACAGUUACAGGAGAAUCCUUAUGGGAAGUACACUAAGGAAGAGGAAGAUGUAUGAGGAAUUCCUGAGCAAGGUGUCUAUUCUAGAAUCCCUGGAUAAGUGGGAGCGCCUGACUGUGGCUGAUGCCUUGGAACCUGUACAGUUUGAGGAUGGGCAGAAAAUCGUGGUGCAGGGAGAGCCUGGAGACGAGUUCUUCAUCAUUCUAGAGGGGUCAGCGGCAGUGCUGCAGCGCCGCUCGGAGAAUGAAGAAUUUGUAGAGGUUGGCCGUUUGGGUCCCUCCGAUUACUUUGGUGAAAUUGCCCUGCUGAUGAACAGGCCCCGAGCAGCCACCGUGGUAGCCCGCGGGCCCCUUAAGUGUGUCAAACUCGACCGCCCACGCUUUGAGAGAGUCUUGGGGCCCUGCUCUGACAUCCUGAAAAGGAACAUCCAGCAGUACAACAGCUUUGUGUCACUGUCUGUCUGAGUCGCCUUCCCAAGCCAUAUUGGGACCCCCCGUUUCUCCUCCACACAAGUUAAACCACACGGCUUUUCCUCCGCACAUUGAUUUCCUUCACAGCGGAACAGCACCUGCCAAAAGCUUGACAUCGUCAACUUUUUAUUGUUUAAGGAACUAUUUUUGUAUUUCCCCCUUACAUCUGUCGCUGCCACAGAAGACUCUCUUUCUCUGGAAACAGAAAUGCAUCCCACGCAGAGCUGAAGUGAGUGUGCUAACAGGGGGUUAAGUCUUGGUGAUUGUGGCUGAUCCAGUUCCAGCCUCAUAGCUCAGGGUAGGAAUCAGUCCUUUCACUCAGCACUGUGAUUUCUAUGGCAUCUCCCACCAUUCCUAGUUAUUCCACACACUCCCCUGUUCUUUUUUUUUUUUCUUUCUUUUAAAGCAUUUAAAAUAUUAUUUUUGCCCAAUUUACAAAACAACAUGAAACGUUUAAAAGUAAAAGAGGUCUUUCUAAUUCUGCUCAGGUCUGCUGUGAUUCCCUGCUAUAAUAUUUAGGGUUUUUAGGGAAAAAUAAUCUGACUGAAAGUCAUCUCCAAAGUCCAAAGAUGCAGCAGUCUCGCUGGCAACCCAAGAAAGUCUGUGACACCACAAUCACCAUAGUUUAACCCAUGCUAUAAUCACCCUGACUUAGCCGCUGCCACUUCUCUCUUGUGUGACGUAAGUGCUGUGCUAUUCUAUCCUAAACACAUGUUGCUCCUGUCUCUGAGCAGGGAGUUGUUACAGUGGGGUAACUGUAGACGUGGUUAUUUUCAUUUCUUGUGUUUCUUCCGAUCACUGUUUUGAAAACUGUCUUUCUUCUGACCUAAGUAGGACCUUGCACCUCUCAAUUUCAUUGUUCUGAUUUGCCCGUGUGGGGAAAAGCUUCACAAGACAACUAACCGGUUAUAGUUUAGUUAUAGUCUUGUCUGCUGAAGCCAAGCUUUCCAGGUUAACAAACAUGUUUUUUGGAAUCAACCCAGCCAUUAAGCAGAAAUGGGCAUUUGUGCUAUCCUGUGCCUGGAGUUGGAUAGGCUGCUGUUGUGCUGGGAAUCUUCAUAUACUAAUAGUUCUGCAGUAUAAGGGGCAGUUUUGGGGUUACCAUGUCACAGGCAGAUUGUGCUUUAUCUUCUGAGAUUUUAGGUACUCGCUGCUUUUCAAGUUUGGCUCUGUAGGGAAUCAUUUGCACCUGGUUUCUAUUCAGCGCCCUCUAGCUGUCAGUUAAGAGAAAGAUUUUACAGUUGGGCUCAAGAAACCGCACAAAGUUAUCGCGGAUUAUGGCAAAACACACCGCAUGGUGUUUCUGGUUUAUUUCAGGGAACUCAAGCCUGAGUGGAAGUUGAAUUGGGUCUCAUUAAGUUCUGUUUUUAAUGAUUCAAAUAAAAGCUGUGUUUUAACGCAUAGGAACCUUAGUAACACCAUGUGAGGCUUUUAAGCUCAGAUCUCCAGCUGGGGGGCGCUGUAGCGGCCAUUGCACCGAUUCCUCAUAGACUCCCAUCUGCUGUCUCGUCUGCAUUUUAUAUUCUGUCCUGUUAAUUCACACACGCGCGGUUUUAGCUUUGCCUUUAUUCUCGUAGCUGCGGCGUGAAGAUAAAUAUAAAUAACACAGCUUUAUUUUCCUGUGUGUGCGCGCGUGAAAAUCUAAAGAUGUUUUGAAAUCACAAAUCUGUAUAGUUAUAUUUUUUGCCUUUUGCUUCCACGAAACCCCCAACCCCCCCCCAUCCGAUUUCUCAGUUCUUGUGUCCUAGAGAGUCACAGUAUAGUCAAAGAGAGGACCAUUUUUGUAUUGUAACCUGACUAUAUCAGUCUCAUUACUGUAUGUGCUAAAAUAUAUAAAUAUAUAAAUAUAUAUUCCUUUUGUUAUAGAUCUCUCCUAAAAUGCAGGUCGAGCAAUAAAAAUGAUUUUAAUUCUUAAA